CGAGCUCACACAGAGAGAGAGAGAGAAGACAGAGAAGACAGAGAAGACAGAGGAAAGACCAGCUGCUGCUCUUCCUCUGGUCGACGAUGGACAAAGUCGGGACCGCUGUCACUUCAGUCAUCGUGGUCAGCCGCUCUGCCUCCUCCGGGCUGUGAGUCUCCGCGCUCCGCAGAGGUGGUCCGCGGAACCCGGUGACCAGGACAGGACGGUGCCGAGACUUUGCAGGUUGCACCAAUCCGUGUGUAGCGUCCUGCAGUGAAACCUGCUCUCUGGGAGAAUAAAAGGCAAGACUAAAGCGUCUGGUAGCUCAGAGGGAAAGAAAGAGGAGACCGACUGGGACAGCAGCAGUUUCAGUGCGGAAUUAUUGUUAGAUAACGGACUCAACAAGGGUUUACACCGACAUGGGAAAGGAAGUCUCAGUCACCUUGUAAGAUGUAUCCUCACCACAGAGAAAGGGAGCAGCCGAUCUUCAGUGCCCGGGCCCAUGUUUUCCAGAUCGACCCUGCCACCAAGAGGAACUGGAUCCCUGCCAGCAAGCAUGCCGUCACAGUGUCCUUCUUCUAUGACGCCAACCGUAAUGUCUACCGCAUCAUCAGCGUGGGUGGGACCAAGGCAAUUAUCAACUGCACCGUUACACCCAGCAUGACGUUCACCAAGACGUCCCAGAAGUUUGGACAGUGGGCUGACAGCAGGGCCAACACUGUCUACGGUCUGGGUUUUGCUACAGAGCAACAGCUGCACCAGUUCUCAGAGAAGUUCAAGGAGGUGAAAGAUGCAGCUCGCCUGGCACGAGAAAAGUCGCAGGAUAAAGAACUGGCCAACACAGCGCUCACCAUUGCUGCUCCUCAGUUCUCACAGGACCUCUCGGAUGAACUCCAGUCACCACCUGUGAUGUGUGUGAACGGACCGGAGGACAAGCUGUUCCGCAGCCAGAGCGCGGACAUCACCCUAUCAUCUGAGAAGGAGCGUAUUAAAAAGAUGCUCUCUGAGGGGUCUAUUUGUGAGAUGAACCUGGAAGCUGAGCUCUUCACUCUCCAGGACAGCAACUCCAAGUUGGUGGCAGCUUUGCAUGAGGCUAAUGCAAAUGUGGAGCAGUGGAAGAAACAGCUGGCGGCGUAUCAGGAGGAGACCGAGAGGCUGCGAGAACAGGUGGCUGACCUGGAGGCCCAUGGAGGCCAAGGCCCCAGUGACCUGCUGAAGGAUGAGUUGACCCAGUCUCUGGAGGAGCUGGAGGCCCUGCUGAAGGCCAAGGAUGAGGAAAUCCACAUUUUGCAAAGCAAGAAAGCAGAGUACCACGAAAUGGAACAUGACAGGGAUGAGGCUAUACACAGAUUGCGGGAGAUGGAGAUGCGUAAUUCAGAACUGGAGCGGCGCAUCCAGAACACAGAGCAGAACCUGAGUAACUCACUGGAGGAACGGGAUCGUAUGGACUCUGAGAUCCAGCGGGCCAUCGAAAUUCUGGACAUCAAGAUCUUUGACCUUAAUGACCUCCGCCAGAGCCUGUUUAAACUCAUCGACAAAUAAGAAGUACAAAACGCCAUCCAUGAGAGAGCUGGGUCAGAAGACAGGGUUAAAUUUGUCAUGGCCACGGCAGCAGGGAGCAAACAAAACAAGAUGGAGCUGGUCCCUGUCCUCUUUCAAGCACAAGAACCACCUCGGCUGCAGGAAGGUUUCUCCAUGUGUGUGUUGCAGCAGUGGCUGUGCUGUACUCAACAACAUACUGUAGGUCUUGGCCUAAGCAGCAGCAUAUACAUGGUAUUGCUUGUCCAAUCUAACGUUAACGCUUCACGUUGCUUUCAAGGGUAACAUUCAAUGCAAUAAACCAACUUUAAGGUAAGUGCUUAACAGUGCUAGACAUUUAAUAUUGAGAACUGGUGCUUGUAGUUUUUCAUAAGUAUGACUUUUGUAUAAAAAAAGGCAAUGCAGUGUCAAUAUGAAGAGGCCUUGAUUUUUUUCAACUGAAAGGUGAUAUUUAAACAUCUUUACAGCAAAAUGAGUCGAUGUACAUAGGGAAAGGAACAUUAUGCUCUGUGAUAGGUGAAUGCAAAUGCAAGAGCACGCAAGACAAAAUGACUUUUAAGAGAUUUGCCUAUUUAACAACUUGCAUACAACAUAAUUGUUACUGAGUUAACAGUCAGCAAAGUUUGAUUCAUGCAGAGGUCAACUCGUGUCGUGUACGGUCUUGUAGCUACCCAUGCAUAAUGUAGCAGUUAUAAUGUGUAAAGUGAAGGACACAGUGGUUCUGUGUGGUGCUUUUCCACAGGAAUAAGCAAUGGCAUGUAUUCAAGGUCAGUGAAAUAGCAUGCUAAUUGUGUUUGAUAUUAGGGGGAGGCAUGGACACACAACUUGAACUCAAACAGUAGAUCUGAAUAUUGACACCAAAGAUCAAAUGUUAAGAGCAGAGUGAUUGAUAAGGUCUUUCAGCAGCUCGUCUAUUAUCACAACUUCAUUCAAGCUUGCAAGGAACCUUUAAAUCUAAAGUAAGUUACAGUAACUCUUAAGUAUAUGUUAGUAGAUAGGAUAUAUUAUGCAAUUAAAAUUAGGAUAAAUGUCUUCAAAAUGGUAUGAAUCAGUAAUGCUACAGUAAUUAAUGAGUAACCAUAAGAAAUAAAAGUCAUCAUUUAGUCUUACAGAUAAGUUUAAGUGACAUUUGGACUGGCCCAGUCUAAAUACUGUGCAUCCUCUUGUAACUCACCACUAGCUUAGCAACUUAUUUAUGAUAGCUGCACAUGUUAAUAAAAACAUGGUUCUGAUUGGUGACGCAUUCAAGGAAAUUUGAGACAUUUUCUGCCUUCUGCAGUUUUUCAGCACGUUACCUUUAGCUGUGGACAAUACUUUAUAUCGUAGCCCUUGAGAGUGUGGCUGUACUGAAUUAAAGCAGAAAAACAGAACAUCCAGUUUUUAUCAUGCAGACUGUAUUGUUUAACGUGGUCUAAGAAGCUGUGUUUGUAUUAAUUUUUUUCAAGCCUUACUGUUCUAUUUUAAGGAUGAUUGUGGACAG